CAAGAAAGUUGGGUUGAACUUGUGCAUAUACUAACAUUGGUAUGUACGUUCAAAGAUUCUUGAGGUUAAGAUUGGGAAGAUGACAAAACUACUAGAAUGGCUAUUCUGUUUUACUGUGAUUUCUGGUAUAUGGUUUGCUGUGAUUACAAGCAACUCUACCUUUGUCAAGGAAUGGCAUAAAACUAUACUUUCCCUUCCGAUUGCUUCCUUAGUCUUGUUUGGUUUGUACACGGUUACCGUCGUUUUGUACAGAGUAUUCACUUUUAAUACAUGUGAAAGCGCAGCUGUUGAACUCCAAAAACAAAUAGAAGAAGCUAGGAAAGAUCUUCAGAGCAAAGGUGUAAUAUUGUCAAGAAAAACAAAUACCCCUCCAACUUCGUAAAACUUUUAUAUAUAAAAUAUAACAUGAAACAUUGAUUUUUCAGUCUCAUACAUCUGUGCAUUAUUUUUUGUAAAUUUAUAUGGAUAUAUAUAAAUGUAUGUGAUUAUUCUAAACAUAAUGUUAUAAACUAUGCAGUGUUACGGAGUUCUUUAUACUCCAAUAUCUUUAUGAUUCAUCAAUAUAACAAAUAAAAUUAUAUUUGCUUUACAUACGUUUACCUGCAGACACACAGAAAAGACUAUUUGAAAAAUAUUUUUCUUUUUUAAGAAUUAUUUAUAAGCAAAAAUACAACAAACUCGCUUGCAUUUUUGUAAAUCGUAAUUUAUUCAUUUAUGCUAUGUAUUACAAGUGUGUUGAGCACACAAUGGAGGGUAUGUUCUUUUUUAACAGCAGUGUUUUCCUUCUAUUAAUAAUUUUUCUAUAUUUAUAAAAGAAAGGAGGGGGGAAAUAAAAUAUGAGUCAGCAUAACAAACAGCUUGAAGUUUUAUGCAUUGUUACUAAAAUUCUUUAAUGAAUAAUUUUUCUCUAUUCUUUUUGUACCAAAUAUAAGAGUAAUGCUAUUCUUUUAAAUAUUUAUUAUUGUUUAGUAGUUCAAUCAGUAAGUAACUGUAUGGUACAAAUUUAAGAAGUCAGAAUCAUUUGCUUAUGUAACGUGCAUAAGUACGUACAUAUGUAUGUAGGCAAUUAUUAUAUUUAAUUAUAGGCAAUUAAUAUUUCUAAGUCAAAUUACUUUAUUGUGAAAAAACAUUAAUUGUUAUCCACAAAAAAUGCAAUUGGAUGUAUUUUAUUUGGAAUAUGAUUUGCAUUAUUGUUCUA